AUGGAUAUUCGUGUAAAGCGCCAGAAGACAUCGACUGCUUGUGAAAGAUGUCACAAGCGAAAGCUGGGAGUGCGUCACCCCUUGAUUGAGUGCACGGAGGUUGCUGACCGUCUCAGUGCGACCCAGUUCGACCCUGCCAACUAUGCCUGCGAGCCGGGGUCGAAUGUAUCGCGAGACAUAGAUCAAGCAAAUUACCGCAAACACCCGAGAGAUCGUCUCCUAAGGUGCGACCGAAAAGACCUGGAAACCGAAACCGGACUGAGGAAACGGCAAUUCUCCCCGAAUCGAAUAUACUGGACGUCAGCACCAGCUCGAAGCGAUGGAGCGACCACCGACUACGACACUUCAGCUCUACCAGGCGGCACAAAGCCAGCCGCUUCAAUCUCUGAGGCCUCGAUACCCUGGAGAGACGUCGUCGGAGUUCCCUUGCCGUCUAAAUACUGCCUCGACAGAUUGGUGGACUGUUUCUUCGAGACCGUCGACUGGUUCAUGAUGGUGUUUCACGAGGAGGAAUUCCGACGGCGAUAUGAGAAUCUAAUGAUCUCGACCUACCUGCCUGGGUUGGAAGACAACAAUGAACCGUGGCUGAUCCUUCUCGUCGUCGCCAUGGGAGCCCAUUACUCAUCUCUCGCCACGAAGGAAGACCAGGAAAGACUUGACAAGGAACAGGUCUCAAGAGGCCUCCUGGCGCAGGUUGAACGGCGAUUCCUACGAAUACUCGACUCGGCCAACGAAGAGGCGGUCCAGAUUUGUGUUCUCAUGGGCAGUUUCUUCCUUUUCAACGGUCGGCCGACUUCUGGGCUGGGGAUAUUGGGAAGUGGUGUCAAAAUUGCGCAGAUUCUUCGAUUGCAUCGGGAGUCGCAACAUGCGAGAAUGACCAGAGCCCGCUUAGAGUCGCGACGGCGUACCUGGUGGGCGUUGGAAGUCUUCGAUAAAUAUGCGGCGAUCGCAUUCGGGCGACCUUGCAGUGUUGACGAUUCCGAUUGCAAUGUCAAUACAGUCUCAGAUCUCAACAUCACUAUCGAUGAUGCGGCCCGGCAGGCUACAAGACUUGACUACCAUCGAUGGAAAUUCAGACUAUAUAGAAUCGUCGGUCCAUUCCUCAGCAGGAGGCCGCAAAUCAACAGGCUCGAGACUGUUAAUCGAAUCCAUAACCAGUUGGUCUCAUGGCGCACGCAGCUGCCACACGACCUGCAACUGGAAAAAUACAAAGAUGGAAGCCAAAAUGCUUCCCAAGUGCUGCAAAUGCAAGCACUCGCUCUGCAGCUGACCUACGAUAACAUCCAAAUUGUUCUUCAUCGAAGCGUGGUAUUUGGAGGUGGUUUGAAGCCCGCUGAUCUCAACGAUCCUCCUGCAGUCCAACAAGGGUCGGAAUUGUCACGGGAUCAACUCCUUCAAUCUGCACUUCGAACCUCAAGCUUGAGAGAGUACAGCCAGUUAUUACAGGCCUGUAGGAAGACACAUGCCGUAAUGCAUGUCGGGAUUUGCCUCUUCACGGCAGGUGUGGUCCUGUGCGCAUUUGCUCUCUCGGAGCCACUGUCGAGAACGAGCGAGGACGCAAAGAAAGGUAUCAUGAGUAUCCUUCGCCUACAGCGCGAGCAGGUGUUGGGAGAGCAUCUUAUAUCGACCCAGAGUGUCAAAGUACUCGAAGAUCUCGUAUCUUUGAUCAUGCGUACUGAGCAACGUUUCAUCCAAGGAGAAGACACGACAAGCUGUCCAAGGAUUGGGUUGACUACAAAUGAGAACAGGACGCCAGAUCUUCUCUCUGCCACGGAGGCUUUGGCAUCAGAGAGCUCCGAACCGAGCGUCUCUGAUCAUACUCAGCUUGAGGAGCAGAUAACCAACCCUUCUCUAGGCAGUGAUCCCGUUGGGCAUAUAUUAGUAGGAUCUGAGCAGGGAUCAUUGUCUCUCGAUUCAGCAGCCGGCUUUGUGUGGAAUGGUGACAAUCCCUAUCUGUUCGAUCCUGCUCUAGCCGAUGCUAGUCAAUUAUGGCUAUGGGCCGAAAGCCCAGACAUGCAAUUAUUCUCAUAG